AUGAAUUGUCUGGUAUACCCUCAAUGCGGUGUCUGCACUGUUAUCAUUAUCUUCUUCUAUACUUGUAUAUGGAUUCCAUUCCUUGAAAUAAAAAAGGUUGUCCACAUGAUCAUUGGCAUCGUAUUUUGCGCAUCUCAUGCUGAUGUUGCAUACCAAGAAGAAGGAAUGUGCUGGGCAGAUCUUCCGGCAUCUAGGUUUGAAGAUUUGGACUUGAGCAGCAAUAGCAAUAGCAAUAGCAAGAGCAAGAGCAAGAAGAGAGUUGAUGAUGAUGAUGAAGAGGGGGAAAUGUGCUCGGUUUGCUUGAUGGAAUUCGAGAGGGAAGACGUGGUGAGCCAACUCCCCAGGUGCGGGCACAUAUUCCACAUGGGUUGCAUCGAGAGUUGGCUAUACCGGAAUAACUUCACCUGCCCUCUCUGCAGGUCUUUACUCCUCCUGCGCUCUACCCAGGACGAUAAUGCUGUGCCCUGCAAAAUGCACCCUUCCUCAUAG